CGCUUCCUGUUUGUCUUCGGCCGAGCCGAGGAGCGGCCAUGGCGGCGGCGGGAGGAGGAGGAGGAGGAAGCGGCGACCCUGGGCCCGGCGGGGGCGGCCGCCGCGGGCCCCGAACGGUGCCCACCAAUAUCCUGGCGCAGCUGCGGCACGGGCAGCUCAGCGGCUGCGGCCUCACGCGGGGGGCGCAGAUCACAGAGGCCUUGUUAAAGGAAAGAGAUAAACAAGCAAAAUGGAAUGGGAUUCCCUUACUGCUACAAAAGCUGUAUGAACAUAGUCACCCAAACAGCGAUUUCUCCCAGUGCCAAAGCAUCUUAAAGGAAAUUUCUCCACUUCUUUCAAUGGAAGCCAUGGCAUUUGUUACAGAAGAUAGAAAAGCUGCUCAAGAGUCCACUUUCCCGAAUACGUACACAUUUGACUUAUUUGGAGGUGUUGAUCUUUUAGUAGAAAUUCUCAUGAGGCCAACUCUUAUUACACAGAAAAAGAAGCAGAAAAUAAGCGAUGACCUCAUCAAGGACUGUUUAAGCAUACUGUACAAUACCUGUAUAUGUACGGAAGGAGUCACAAGGCGACUGGCAGAAAGAAACGACUUUGUCUUGUUCCUGUUUACACUGAUGACAAACAAAAAGACAUUCCUACAAACUGCAACGCUCAUUGAAGAUAUCCUGGGAGUUAAAAAGGAAAUGAUACAACUGGAUGAUAUUCCCAAUCUUGCAAGCCUUGUGUCCAGUUUUGAUCAGCAGCAGCUUGCAACCUUCUGCAGGAUCCUUGCUGUCACAAUUUCUGAACUUGACACGGGAAGCGAUGAUAAGCACACGCUGCUGGCCAAGAAUGCCCAGCAGAAAAGAAACCUGGGUCCUUCUCGAGCUGAAAUUAAUCAAGCUACACUUCUGAAUAUUCCAGGCUUCAUCGAGCGAUUGUGCAAACUGGCAACACGAAAAGUGUCUGAAACAACAGGUACUUCCAGCUUCCUCCAGGAGUUGGAAGAAUGGUACACCUGGCUGGACAAUGCUCUGGUACUUGAUGCGCUGAUGAGAGUGGCAAAUGAGGAGGCGGAGCAGAGCAGUACAGAGUCUUCGGAUGAAAGUGGGUUGGCCAACACCUCAACACGAACGCAGCUUCCACAGUCCAUGAAGAUCAUGCAUGAGAUCAUGUAUAAACUGGAGGUGUUGUACGUUCUCUGUGUGCUGCUCAUGGGGAGACAGAGGAACCAGGUUCAUAAAAUGAUAGCAGAGUUCAGACUGAUUCCUGGCCUCAAUAACUUAUUUGACAAACUGAUCUGGAGAAAGCAUUCUACAUCAAUCCUCGUUCUGCAUGGACACAAUCAAAAUUGUGACUGUAGCCCAGACAUUACUUUAAAGAUACAGUUCUUGAGGCUUCUUCAGAGCUUUAGCGAUCACCAUGAGAACAAGUAUCUCCUUUUAAACAGCCAAGAACUUAAUGAGUUGAGUGCGAUCUCCCAUAAAGCCAACAUCCCUGAAGUUGAUGCAGUUGUCAACACAGACAGGAGUCUUGUGUGUGAUGGGAAGAGAGGUUUGUUGACCAGGCUGCUUCAGGUCAUGAAGAAGGAACCAGCUGAAUCCUCUUUCAGGUUUUGGCAAGCAAGGGCAGUUGAAAGUUUUCUGCGAGGCACCACCUCCUAUGCAGACCAGAUGUUCCUGCUAAAGAGAGGACUCCUUGAGCAUAUUCUCUACUGCAUUGUUGAUAGUGAGUGCAAAUCACGAGAUGUGCUUCAGAGUUACUUUGACCUUCUGGGAGAGCUGAUGAAAUUCAAUAUUGACGCAUUCAAGAGGUUCAACAAGUACAUCAACACAGAUGAGAAGUUCCAGAUAUUUUUAAAUCAGAUCAACAGUUCCUUAGUUGACUCAAACAUGCUUGUUCGCUGCAUUACGCUGUCACUGGACCGGUUUGAGAAUCAGUCUGAUGCUAAAGUUGCAGAAGUCCUGUCAGAGUGCCGCCUGUUAUCAUAUAUGUCCCAGAUGUCCAUGAGAAUGUCUUUUCUUUUCCGUCUCAUUAAUAUUAUUCAUGUACAGACACUUACGCAGGAAAACGUCAGUUGUUUGAACACAAGUUUAGUUAUCCUAAUGCUGGCCCGAAGGAAAGAAAAGCUACCUUUUUAUCUGCGCACUUUGCAACAAAUGGAGUAUACAGAAAAAUACCCAGGCUUCAUCUUGAACAAUUUCCACAGCCUCCUGCGAUUCUGGCAACAGCAUUACCUCAACAAGGAUAAAGACAGUACCUGCUUAGAAAAUAGCUCAUGUAUUAGUUUUACCUACUGGAAAGAGACUGUAUCUAUACUGCUCAGUCCAGACCGGACAUCUCCCUGUGCCAUAGUUAGCUACAUCGACGAGGCAUAUAUGGACAUUGACAGAGACUUUUCUGAAGAGUAAUUCUUCGCUCUGGCUUCUGACGGACAGCGCUCGGAGGGUACCUCGCAGCCCGUGGAUUUUCAGGGAUACGCUGUGUAAUGUGUGUGUGCGUGUGCGGCUUGGAACCGUGGAGCGUUACUGCAUUGUCAAAACCCCAGCCCCCUCCCGGUCCCCAUCUCUGAUCUCUUAACGGAUGAGACUUGGAAAGCUCUCUGGGCAACACAUUCAGGGAUGUACCUUACAGUUGUUCUGGGAUAAAAAUAUACACCUGCAAAAACCAGCCUCUCUAUUCUUUUUUUCUCUCUCCCAAUCCAGUGUGGCUGGGCAGGGAUAUUUUUUGUGGACAGAUGAGGAUACUCUGUACGUGCCAAUUGAGUUGUGGUUGUCAUUCCUGGCUACCAGAAUUAGCAAGUCAAAAAGCACAGAAAUUGCCCUCCAAAUAUGAGGUCCAAAGAGCCGAUCUGCUGGGAUCUCACCACACCAGCUGUGAGCAGAGCUCCCGCAAGGUGGAACUCUUCUGUUGGGAUUUGGAAUCAGGGGUUUGGGGUUGGAUAGAGUGCGAGUGUGUGUGUGUGUGUGUGUGUGCGUGCGUGCGUGUGCUUUUAAUUCCUGAGAGCCCUAGCUCCAGUCACCUCUUUACCAUCUACUUUUGGAUCAUUUGGUACUAAAUCUAUCUGUGCAUUAGGAGAGAACCUCCGCUCCUGCUGUCUUUCCUGCAGAUCCUUCCCGUUUAAAGGCAUUUUACAAUGCUGAGGAGAACAGAGACGUUUCAGCAGUGAUGAAAUUGCAACAAGGGUUGGCUUUUUCAUGGAGCACUAGCAUUAAAAUGUACUAAUUUUUUAAACUUGCGGCUUGUCCCUUCUUGGGUAACUAAUCUGGUUUUACAAUCCUUUUCAGGACCUUUGCUCUCUGCUAACCUGCUGUGCCUGGAAGCCUUACGUCAGUCUCUGCUUUUAGUCCUUAAUACACGUUAAUCUUGAGGUGCAGUAUUUGCUGGAGAUGGCAGUUUUUUUCUUGGAUCUAUUUUAAUCAGAAUGUGGUAAAUGCUGGGUAUAAACAUUCCUGGUUGAAAAUAGCUUCCUAGGCUAUGUUGGAAAAAGGGCAGUUGGGUUUUGGCAGUCCUGGACUCCAGGCCUGCACAUGCCCUACCUGCUUAAGCUUAAUUGUUGCUCCAGAACAGUCAGGUUCCCAGGGAUGAAAUGCAGCUUGAACUCCUGAGUAAGUGCAUUUUAAUCAGAACGCUAAAAGAAACCAGUUUUCUUUGAAACAUGGAUUUAAUGAUUUUUAAAUUUCCUGCUUUUAUUUGAUGAGAUGAGUUGACUUCAGCUCUGUCCAGGCUCUGGAGAGGGACCAGGGGGCGAGGGUGGCCUAGAGCUGUGUGGUGUUUUGUCUCUAAUCUUUGCCAGCAGAAUGAAACCCACUUGGAGGAUCCCUAUUGUGGGGCCUGGAUGAGUGGAUGAGGCUUCCAGCCCCAGGUGCAGGACUUGCUCUCUAAAAGUCACCCUUCUCUUGCUUAUCUCACACCUCGGUGUCCUGCUGGGGACUUGCAGCCAGUACUUUGCUUCCAUGGUGGUGAACGCUGCUGAACUUGUGCAUAAACUGGGAGCCUUUUGGGAGCUCGUUGGGCUCAGCUUGUCCCUCCCUGGGGGCUGAAUCCCCUGGGCAGGCUCCCCUGCUCGCACCCCUUGUGUUAGGGAGCUCCUUCUUGCGUUGGUUGCACCUCUGUUCUUCACCAAAUCCCUCCCAUCCUGUCCCCCCUCCCUCCUUUCAGCUUCUUUCUUUCACAUCUGUACUUUUUUUUGUUCUUGGGUAUUUGUGGUUUUGGUGUAUCUUUGCUUCUUCUUAACUGUAAUAGAUGUACACUUCAAAUAAAUGCUUCGAAUUAAAAGGCUUUUAAGUUAAGGGAUGCCUUUUCCACAGUCCAGUUAAUUGGUGCAUCCAGUGAUUGCUGCUAUAAACCCGCAGUCUCAUCUCCACCGCUGUGUUUACGGAACGGACAGUUGGGGCGAGGCUGCCUCUGCCCUGGCUGAGCUGGAAUCACCCCCGCCUGCUUUUGGGUGGCUUUUGGGUCCUCGCUUGCUAGAGCCGGCUUGGCUUUGCGUUCUCCUUCGGGCUGAGGCGCAGGGAAGGAACCCGCAGCAGCUCCUCCCGCCAGGGAGCUUUCUGGGGGAAGGAGGGUGAGUGUGCAGGGAGGGGGCAAAUUUGAACUGGGGCUGUGGUUUUGUGGGCUCAUCUGUCCAUGCCAGAUGCCUCAAGAGUCUUAAUUUUGAGAGGGACCAGACAGCUCUGUCCUUCAUCCUUGUUUUGUCUUAUUUAUGGAGAGCACUGGGAGGAAGCGUCCUGCGUGGUGCUAGGGGAGAGCUCGGCGGAGGCUGCGGCAGCCUGGCAGAGGGGGAGGUGGGACAAAUGCUCUGGAAGUCUGCACUGUCCCUAUGGAUUGCUGAGGUUUGUGCUGCCCGGAUUAAUGCCAAUUUACUAACUGCAAAUAAACAUAUUAAAUGGAAACU